AAGCGAGGACCAACUUUCCUUUUCAAACUCGUGCUCUUACAGAACUUUAAAGUACAAUAUUAUACUAAAUUGACUGAUCUGCCCGAAUAAUGUGUUGGAUUACUUGGUUUUAUUGAAACUAUUUGAAAGUUCAUAUUCUUAUUUUGAUCUGCACCUGGCUUUGACCAGCGGUGAUGGAGCAGAAGGAGUCCGUGUCAGAUGAGGCAGACCAGGCAGAUGGUGCACAGGGAGGAGCGCCUCUGUUAGCCUGCACAGGUGCUUGUUGUCAUGGAGGAGCAAAGAUGGCGGUCCUGGCCUAUAGCCUGGGCAAACGCGAAAUAAAUCAACAUUUUAACAUAAAAAAUGCCAAACUUAUAUCGCUAGUGCUAGUCGGUUUACUUGUCGUGUUCCACACAGCUUCGCGGUACUAUGGAGGCGGAGACUCAUGUGACUGGCUGCUGUCCAGAGGACGUUUCUUGGGGGAGAACGUAUGGCAGCCGUAUGGCUGCAUGAUGCACAAAUACAAAAGCAUUGAAACCAAAACCUGCCUUGCUAAAAAGCGAGUGGCCUUUGUCGGUGAUUCACGAAUCAGGCAGCUUUUUUACUCCUUCAUCAAAACUAUUGACCCUAACCAAAGAGAAGUUGGGAUCAAGCACGAGGACAUUCCCUUUGAAGAUAAGCGUUCCUCUCUUAAUGUGGACUUUCUGUGGUAUCCAGAGGCAAAUGAUUCAAUGAAGGAGCAAUUGAUAUCAUGGAAUGAAGGUUCAGUAAAGCCAGAUGUUAUCAUCCUUGGAUCUGCAACAUGGUCAAUCAGGUUGGGCAGUGGCAGCAGCAAGACGCUGCAGCAGUACAAAGUCAACCUGACAGCCAUUGCUGUGCACCUGGAGAAGCUUGCUGAACAUGGAGAGGUCUAUUGGGUUCUGCAAGAUCCAGUAUAUGAGAAGAUGUUGAGUGACGAGAGGAAAAAGAUCACCAACAAACAGCUGGAGCUGUACAAUGAAGUGGCGGCGGAUGUGCUUAACAGCAUCAAGCGUACCGGCAGGUCCCGGAUCAAGCUGUUGGCCUCGUACCGCCAGGCUGGACUGGAAACUAUCACCCAGUCACAGGACGGCUUGCACAUGCAUGAGAGCACCAGGGAUGUGGGAGCCAUGAUCCUCAUGAACUCUGUGUGCAACAAGCUACUGAGACCCAUUGACGGUUCCUGCUGCCAGACGUUGCCACCCCUAAACCUCCUGCAGAAACUCUCAGCAUGUUUCUUCCUGGGCUCGUCCCUGGUCUUCGUGGUCCUCCAUAUCCUUGGCAACAACCGUCACCGCCGACCUGUGCCCUCGGACAUUGAGAGCCUAGAGGAGAAGAAGCCCGCGACUGCAGCUGUCCCCCUGGCUCUAACGGCGCCAUUCCAGGCCCUCUGCAGGAUGGGCAUCAUCAUGGGCUAUUUUUACCUCUGUGACAGGGCAGAUGUGUUCAUGAAAGAGCAGAAGUUCUACACUCAUGCCACGUUCUUCAUCCCUCUCGUCAAUAUAUUUGUCCUGGGAGUGUUCUACUAUGAGAACAGCAAGGAGACUAAAUUACUCAACCGAGAGCAAACGGACGAGUGGAAAGGCUGGAUGCAGUUGGUCAUCCUCAUUUAUCACAUGUCUGGAGCCAGCGCUUUCCUUCCAGUGUACAUGCAUGUGCGGGUGCUGGUGGCAGCGUACCUUUUUCAGACGGGCUAUGGACACUUUUCCUUUUUCUGGCUCAAAGGAGAUUUUGGACUGUAUAGAGUUUGCCAGGUGCUUUUCCGUCUAAACUUCCUGGUCUUGGUACUGUGCUUGGUAAUGAACAGACCCUACCAGUUCUAUUAUUUCGUCCCAUUGGUCACCUUCUGGUUUGUCGUCAUCUACGCCACCAUGGCCAUGUGGCCUCAGAUCCUUCAGAAAAAGGCCAACAGUAGUGGCUUUUGGCACAUUGGGGUCUUGGUGAAGUUACUGAGCCUCCUGAUAUUCAUCUGCGUCUUUGCCUAUUCACAGGGUUUCUUUGAGAACGUCUUCUCCGUGUGGCCAAUCUCCAAUCUCUUUGAGCUGAACGGAACCGUCCACGAGUGGUGGUUCAGAUGGAAGCUCGACCGAUUUGCGGUGAUACACGGCAUGCUGUUUGCCUUCAUCUAUCUGGUGCUUCAGAAGCGCCUGGUGCUGUCGGAGGGCAAAGGAGAGUCUCUCUUCUCUGCCAAGAUUUCCAAACUGCUCCUCUCACUCUCUAUCGUCUCCUUCAUAACUUACUCAAUAUGGGCCAGCAGCUGCAAAACCAAAACCGAGUGCAACGAGAUGCAUCCUUACAUCUUUGUUGUCCAGAUCUUGGCCUUCAUUCUCAUCAGGAACAUUCCUGGCUACGCCCGCUCUGUAUAUAGCUCUUUCUUUGCAUGGUUCGGAAAGAUCUCCUUGGAGCUGUUCAUAUGCCAGUACCACAUCUGGCUUGCAGCCGACACCAAGGGCAUUUUGGUCCUGAUCCCAGGAAACCCUUCGUUUAACAUCGUGGUCAGCACCUUCAUCUUUGUUUGUGUGGCUCAUGAGAUUUCCCUCAUCACCAAUGACCUGGCCCAGGUGGUCAUCCCCAAAGACAGCGCUGCCCUGCUGAAGAGACUGGGGGCCGUCACGCUCGUCACUAUGGUUGUAUUGCUGCUGGCCAGGGGCACCCACGGCGCCUGAUGGACACCUCUUGAU